CCCUAGCUCUCCCUUGGUUUGGCUUGCUCCCCAAUAGGAGAAAAGCGAGGAUUCAGAAUCCUCUUCUUCCUCCUCCCUUCCACGCCAUUUCUCUUCAGCUAGCUACCUUCUUGAUUCGCCUUCUUCCUUCUGACUCCUCCACAGACAUACAUACUAUCUUUUUUGCACUCAUCCUAGCAGCCGAGGUGCAGGAGGCCGGUGAUUGAGAUAUGAGAUGCACCGCACGAUGGAUGAGCUGUAGCUAGAGAUCGAUCCGUCGAUCGAGACAUGAUACGUACCACACGGUCGAGGUCAGUAGCAGCAGCAGGAGCAGCACGUUGUCGCCGCCAUGGUCCCAACAACUAGGAACAUGUUGCACCAUGACGGCAAGAGCAGCCGCGGCAGGUCGUGCUACCACCACCCCGGCCAGUACUACGUCGGCAUCGCCGCCCAAUUGGAGGCCUCGGCGGCGUCUGCGCGGCAGCAGGACCAGAGCAAGCCGUCAAGAUCCCCUCGGCUGCUGGCCAUGGCAGACGAUGACGAGCUGGACGCGGCGGCCGCCGGGCCUGGCACGAGCUCCCCGGGCCGCGCCGGCGCAGGAAACGAAGAAGGAGACUGGCUCCAGCUAGGCCUCGCCGCCGGCGCGGCGUCUUCGUCGUCCUCCGCCUCCUCCUCUUCCGGCGACAACAACAGCACGGAUCCGGAUCCGGCUCCGGCUCCAGCCCCGCCGGCUCCCAUGGAGCUUGACCUGUUCGCCUAUGACAAGCGGAGCGCGAGGAUGAGGCCGCCGUUGUUCCCGAUGCCGCUUAGGAGCUACCACCAGUCCUACGGCGGCGGCCGCGGACGGGAUCGACCCGCGGCAGCUAGCGGGUCCAUGUCGGCGCCGCCGUUCUUGCCGUUCAUGCCUCCGUUCAGGUGUUUCGGCGAUGCCAUAAGAGUCAUUAGCCCACCGCGACGAACCGAGACGCCCGGGCUGUGGCUGACGCUUCAGGCAGCUCCCAACCAAAUCAGAGAGCCUAUUUUGCCUCAGAUAGCAAAGAGCUACCUAAGAAUCAAGGACAGCAACAUGAAGGUGGAGGUGGUGAUGAAGUACUUGGCCGAGAAGCUAGGCAUCGCGCGGUCUCAUCAGGUGGAGCUUACAUGCAGAGGGCAGGUUCUUCCUCCCUUGCUGCUGGUGAAAUGCGUGAGGGAGACAAUCUGGUGCUCCACGGCGCUGAGGGAAGAAGAAGCCGACGACCUGACUUCGCGGCGCUCAUCAGCUGCUACUGACCAUGUCAUGACACUCUGUUACAGCACAAGUAGGAACACCAAGCUAGUAGCACCACUCAACCUGUAAUUAACUUUUAACUUAUUGGCCGACAAGUUCUUUGGUUUUUCUUUUUCUUUCUUUUCUUUUGUUUUUACCAAUGCAUGCAAUUCCCCUGCUGAUCUGAGAUUAACUGACUGUGAUGCAUGGCUAACUGAUGCGAUGAUGCAUGGACGUCCCGUGUUCUAAUUAACCGACCAAUACCAAACCCUCAUCGUUUGGUUUCCUUC